AUGACUUCACCAGCCCCUAUUUCUGGCCUCCUUAUUCUCCAGAUGGUAAUCCCAUGGAUUGCUAUGUGUAAAGCAUGGUUUGAGAAAGACACCAACUGCUCUACCUGUGCCACCAAGACUGAACAGGUGGCUAAGAUCAAGGAAAUGUUUGUAGAUCUUCCCAGUGAGGAAUACAUGCACCAGAAGAUGACAUCGGGUAGUUCUGGACAAAGUUGUGUCACCAAUACGCUUGAAAAGUUCACCACUUGUUCAGAAGUAAUAACAGAUUUCUCUGAAGCAAUUAAGCGUGGCUGUGUGGUUGAGAAGCUUUCUUCUCAACCACACGGUCCUGGGUUCAUGCCUAUGGAUGUCAGCCCUGGGAUUUACAGAAACAUGUUCUGCCCCAGCGUCUUCAUUUAUCUGCUCAGCGUUGUUCCUGCCAUUUGGUUCCUGGAACUCUACGAAAUGGAAAAACGGAUUCAGAAAGACAUUAACUCAACAUUGACCGUUUUUAACGAAUCUACCCAGGACCUACACGCUCAUUUAGGACGGUUUCUUGGGAUGAAGUUUGAGAUCCAUAUUCCACUGAGGCUUUCAUCAGACCAAUGGAUUCGCACAUUGGAACAGUUCCUCUUACUUCUGCUCAUUCUUGGACGGUGGCUCCUUCCCAAAGGUAAAUUGACGCAUGACCAACUCUCACAGCUUCUCUUGGUUUAUAUUGGAACAGCAGCUGACAUCGUGGAAUUCUUCGACGCUUUCAAAGAGAAGGAAGUUCGUUAUAACAAGUUACUGUGUAUAAUCAUCUUGAGUAUUUGGUCAAUGAGUUUGAUCCAGUUCUCAUUGGUUCUCACAGCAUCCAGCGCCCGUCAUGACCAGUCAGGACUGGUAUCCCAAGAACGUACAUCACGCUUGAAAAACUGUUGCCAAGCUGAUGUCUAUGGUAUUAUGAUCUCAAUAUUUCUGCAAGACGGCCCAUUCUUGGCCCUUCGUUUGAUGCUUAUCUUCAAGUACAAAGUGGUCAGCUACACAAAUAUGUUCUUCACAUCCAAAAACAGUCUCGUCAUUAUUCUCUUAAUCUACAGACUUGUGGUUGUACAGAUACAGAUGAAGAAAUCAAAUUCACCAAAGAUAUCUCUACCGAUUCAUGCCAACCGGAAGUACCAAACAGUUCGAGCCAUUCAUGAAACAGAAACAAACUUCCCAACUCAAAGGAACAUGUUGCCGAUGAACCAGUCUCCCAGUAAACCCAACGGGCGUAUAAGGGGCCGGGAAUUCUACAGGACUCACCAAUUGAGCCAGCCUGCUCUGAACUCGUCCAGUCACCAGUUGUUACCUGUCUACCAGCAACAACAACCAUCGAGUCUACCUCAUUUGUCCUCGAGGAAGGGUAAAGCACACAUGAGUCACUCUAGUUUGCACUCAAGCCAUUCUCACCAACAUCUCACCAACAAACCACUUUUCCCUCCAAAUCAAAACAAAAUGACUCGGUCCAUGACCACAGACAGAAUCAAUUCACCCAUUUGAACACCUCCCCUCAUCCUAGAUACAAUAACCAUUCUCUCUUGCAAAAAAAAAAAAGAAACACUCAUACACAAACAACAAAAACAAACACUCAUACACAAACAAUACUCAAAGGACAUUCUAUUAAUCUUCUCUCUUCGUCCAGGACAGUCAACAGAUUUGCCAUGAGAAUCAUCCUCACCACAAGAUGGCACCACUAAGUAUUCCUAAAAUUCUUAACUUUUAUUUCUUUUGUUGUUGCUUUCUGGUUUUUUUUACACUGAAUUUCUUUUGGGACAUUGUUACAAGGAUGGGUUUUUUUUCAGUUUUUGUUUGACCCAAGGUCAACUAAAUGGGCUAACUUCUGAUCAUGCUCCAACUGUGACCAUCACAUUUAAAUCUAGCACAAGGCUUCUCAAACAGUGCAUUGAAAAGUGUCUCUAGGUGCUCCACAGAGUUUUAAGAAACUGAAGAGUUUAUUAAAUCCCUUAUUAAUUCUUGAAUGUCUUAAAAAAAAACAAAUACCUCAUUAGUCAUCAUUUUAUUUUAGACAUCAGUAUAAUUAAUAAAACAUAGUAAACGAUAGUUUCAUAUAUAUGUGUGUGUAUGUGUGUGUGUUGUAUGGGAUAUGGAGUCCUAAAAUUAUGUGGCUAUCACAGCAAGCUCCUGUAACAGACUCAGCUAUCAAACCACACAGUAACCCAAUGCAGAAGAUUCAAUCAAUGAAAUUACUUGACCGUAAAAAGUCAGGUGGUUUGAGAGGUGAAUGUAUCUAUUUAGCCACUUGAUGUCCUCAGGAUAUUUUGCAGUCUUCUUCAUGUAGUAAUAAUUACAGUUUGGAAUAAAAUGAUAUUUACAUGUUUGCAUUAAUAUGCAUGGCAUGCAUAUUAAUGCAAAACAAUUCUGUAUUCAGAAACCAGUGCAAAAUCUGCUCUAUUCCUGAAGUGGCUCUCUCACAAUGAGAACUCUAAUUAAAUUUAAUAAGUUUUGACUAGAGACAAAAAAGUCAAGAUAACUGCAAUCUCACCUUGGGAUGAACAACUCUACACAAGUCACUGAUCUUGUGGAGAUAUACUAAAUAUACUAGGGCGGUGAGCUGGCAGAAUCGUUAGCAUGCUGGGCAAAAUGCUUAGCGGUAUUUUGUCUGCCAUUAUGUUCUGAGUUCAAAUUCUGCCGAGGUUGACUUUGCCUUUCAUCCUUUCGGGGUCGAUUAAAUAAGUACCAGUUACGCACAGGGGUCGAUGUAAUCGACUUACUCCCUUUGUCUGUCCUUAUUUGUCACCUCUGUGUUUAGUCCCCUGUGGGCAAUAAAGAAAGAGAUAUACUUAAUAUUUUGGAUUAAAGGUGAAUUUCAUAAUCUUGAAAGUGGUCUUUAUAGGGACGAUGCUUUGCUCACUGUAUGACCGUGUUAGAACAAAGAAGAAAAAAACUUAGACACUUUAAGAAUGUAGGUUUGUGUAUCACAUUUAAUGACAACUCUAAAGUAGUAAAUUUUCUAGAUGUUAGUCUGGGUCUUUGAGCCUUUCCAUAAACCAAAUCAGCAUCUACCUUCUCAAACAAUCCUAGAGCUGUCAUAUGUUCCUUAGUUAAAAGUGUAUCCUCCUGUAUAUCAUUGCUCUGAUAACCAGGAUAUAAUUGACCAUAAUACUAGCCACUAUAACGAGGCUCCAGCUGGGGCUGAUUAUAAAGAAAAAAAUAGCACAUCUCCCAAAAGGCUUUAAUUCUCCUGCCUCUACUAAUCUUGCGAGGUUAUCUAACGGAUGUCCUGCUCUAAUUAAUAUCGAAUUAAUAUGAAAAAGUGUUAACCAUAGACAAUAGAAACUUACUAAAUCCUACUUUAACUGUCAGAAGGACUAAGGAUAGAGGUGUUAGUACAAUUGCUAAUCAUACGUGUGCUAAACUUCAGAAACUAAAUACCAAUGAAUAUCCUAAGAAAUAUAUUGGUGAUAAUUACAAUUAUUUGCCAUCUGAAUAUAAUAAAUUAAUAAAACUAAUAUGAGUUAUGCCUGUGAUAUGCCCAAUAUAAUAACUGUGAACAGCCAUAAAACUAGCUUACAAAAAUGGUGUAAAUGAAGUAGAAAGAAAGAAAAAAAGAUCUGUUUGUGAAAUUAUAAAUAAAUCAGUGAUUAAGUCAUUAAUGAUGAUAAUAAUGAUAUUGGUUUCAAAUUUUGGCACAAGGCCAGCAAUUUUGAGGGAGUGAGUAAGUCCUUUACAUUGACCCAAGUGUUCAACUGGUACUUAAUUUAUUGAUCCUGAAAGCAUGAAAGAUGAAGUCAACCUUGAUUGAAUUUGAACUCAGAACUUAAAGACAAAGGAAAUGCUGCUAAGCAUUUUGUCCAGAGUGCUAAUGAUUCUGCCAACUCAGCACCUUAAAAUUAUAAUAAUAAUAACAACGACAUUAAUAAAAGUAACCCUGUAGAUGUUGCUAAAUUACUUUAGGCUCCACAACAUCAGAUUGGAAUAAGCUUAAAAAUAAAAAUAACAAUAGUUUAUGUAGGAAUAUUUUGUGAUUCAUCCCCUCCCCUCCAUUGUAUAAGCUGCUUGAAAUUUGGUUUGAAAACUUUUGAAGCUUCAGAAAAACACUUCCCUAAGUCCUAUAUCAUAAAAUCUUCAAUAGACACAUGGUUAAACUGGCUUACUCAACCAUGCCUAAUAUUGCUGAAUAUAUAGUAAAAUUUAACCAUAGUAAAUUGAUCUAUGCAAUUUAUAAUAAUACAAACUACUGACUGUCCAUCUAAUAGUACUAUUCAUAGCCAUCUAAAUAACUGAAAUAAAACAUCUGCUGCAAAUAAUCAACAUAUUGAUGUAGUUGAUUCUAAUAAAAGAACUAUUAAUGAUAGUCACUGAAACCAUCAUACCUACCAAAAGUCAGACUAAUCUUGCUCUAUGUAAUUUUCAUAAGAAAUCAUUGUGUCCUAUUAAUAACCAGUGCCUUAAGCAAAAUAUAGUGUAUAGGUGCUCUAUCACUGCUUUUGACAAAUGUUUAUAUCGGUGCAUCCUCUUCAUCAUUGAAACUUCAUUGGAAUAAUCACAAAUCUACAAUCAGACAUAAAGACAAGGUUAGUAGUUCUUUUCUAGCUAAAUUCGUACAUUCGCUCAUUGAUAAGAGUGUUGGAAAUAAACUUGCUUGGUCUGUUGUAUGUAAUGCACAACCAUUAUAAGGAUGGUGGUAGUGAUUGGUUUGGUCUUUGUAUCUGAGGCAUUCCAUAUCAAUAAAAUUAAAUCGAAUAUUAUCAAUCAACAUGAUGAAUUAAUUAUGAGAUGCCAACACCUUCAAUACAAAUCGGUCCUAUAUGCUAACUGUACUUAACCUUAUACUUAAUUAUUGCACCUAUAAAUAUUAUAGCCUAGAUCAAAGCAAUUGUAUAAUUCCCAAACCUAUGGUUAACUAUUAUUUUGUCUCACCUUAAUAAUAGAUUAUUUAUCAGACCAUAUUCAGACAUUCCGUUAUUUGUAAAUUACUUAUUACCCAUUAUUUUAUAACAUUCCAGCCUAUUAUAUUGUAUGUCUAAACUAUCUUUUGUAUAUCAUUGAAGUUGUUACUGAAGACCACCUUGAUUCUAUAAUCCUACACCUUAAACUUCUUUACAAUCUUCAUUGACUUUGUCUAUUAUUAUUAUUAUUAUUAUUAUUGUGUGAGAGAGCAGCAUAUGCUGUCAAAGUGACACUGGGGUACAAAAAUACGAAGCCCAGUAUACCCAUCAUGACUACCGUCUGAUAAGGGUACACCAGGCACAUGCAUCACAACUAUAUGUGCACAACAUGGUAAUCUCAUAUUAAGAUAAACAGCACAUGACCUUGCAGGUGGGGCCCAGUUAGACUUUUCUUCAGGUUGAGUAGCCCAUCCCACUUGAAAGGUCCAUGAAUAAAGCUUGUUUAAGGAUGAUGAAUGAAGUAUGUGUGUUCCCAGAGGUGAAUUAUUCACAUCCCAAAGAAUUCCUCUCAACACAUAGUUAUGAUGCUCCCCCACUACUUCUGCUCAUGAUCAGAAAUGCACAUAUUGUCAGCCACCAAGGGACAUGUUCAACUGGUUCAGGUCAAACAACUGACAAGCAAAUCUGUGGUAUUGAGCAAAAUAUUUGCUGUAGCCCAACUGUUAUACUAAGACAAAGCAAUGUACACGAUAACACUUCCAAUCAGUUAAGAUCAGAAGCCAUGAGAGCCACUGCCUGGGACUGCAUCAGGGCAUUUAUUAUUAUUUUUAUUACUAUUAUACACAGUUCAUUAAAAUUACUUUUAUAAUCCUGUUGGCGGAUCCAAUCUGAUAGAAGUGUUCACUUUUUAGCAUUAAGGAUUGGCUAUAUGUUUACAUCCAUAAUCUUCUAUACGAGAUCACAUACCUGUCUGAUAUAUUGAGGUGUGUAUAAAUGUAUGUCUGUAUGUUUAGAUAGUUGUAUGUGUUUACAUUUUAUUCUUCUUUGCAUGUAUUGGUUCAUUUAUACGUAAGAUCUGUAUAUAUCUCAGUAGGUCUAGACAUUUUUAUGUGUAUGUAUAUAUGGUUAUAUAUAGUCACAGUGAGGAUAUAUAAACCUCUUAUAGGGAUAUUUUAUCCAAUAUACACUGGUUUAAUAUAUCAUAUUUUGAAGAGAUAUUUCUUUAAUGAAUAUAUUAUAUAAAAUAUCGUUAAAUAUCAAACAUUAUUGCUGAGUUAGAAAACAGAGAUCUAAUGGUUACAAAUUAAUUUAUUAAUUAAUCAAUUAAUUUGUAUCCAUUAGAUCUCACAUCUUUCCUAACUUGAUAAUUAUGUUUCUAUAUAUGUACAUAUAUAUGUAUGUGUUUGUAUGUGUGAGUGCAUGUGUAUACACUAUUCUCUAUUUAAAUUAAAUGUUUUUCAGGUGAUGCAAAUAUUUUGUCUUUACUUUUUCUGUGAGUGUAUAUAUAUGUGUCUUUAUAUUUUGUCUUUACUUUUUCUAUGAGUGUAUAUAUAUGUGUGCAUGUUUAUGUGUAUGUAUCUAUACAUACAUGUAUGUGCAUAUAUUUGUAUAUCUAUAUGUAUAUAUAAAUGUCUAUAUGGAUAUACACAAAAGGGGCUGAUAGAAUAAGUCCUAAGCUUACAAAGAAUAAGUCCUGGGGUCGAUUUGCUCGACUAAAGGCAGUGCUCCAGCAUGGCCACAGUCAAAUGACUGAAACUAGUAAAAGAGGGUUGUUUUUUUUAUCACCAGUUAUAAUAAAAACAAUUUUACAUUAAUCUGGAAGAUAACUCUAUACUUUUGUAGAAUACAAAUUUAUUAUUCUUUAACAAGAAUAAUACUGACAGUGGCUUCAGUUUCGGCCGGCUAAACCAAUGUUAAUACACAAUGCAUUGAAAUCAAUCUUUGCUUUAUGUAGCCUCUGUUGAGAUAAAAAUUUCCUUAGGCUGUUAGGGUAGGUUGUGAUGGAGAAAUUUUUAUUGGUUAAAUUUGGGGUUAUGUUAUUGCUUGGAAUUUAAUUAUGCAUGUAGAACCUUGUACAUAUGGGUGUAUAUUUAAGAGUGUCAGCUUCACGUCAUGGGAUAGUUUUUUAAUUGUUCACAAAUAGUAUGUAGAUAGGUACAGGAAGUUCUUUUGGUUAGAGGAUGUGCCAACAGUCUUAGUUAUCUUUGUUUUAUUGGAUUUAAUUCUUUGCUUUGACAAUGUAACAGUCAAAGUCCCAAGUUUUGUCCAGUAUUUGAAAACUUGGUAAUUGGGUGUAACAACUUUCUUGGAACGAAAUUUUUUGGGGGUUCCUGAAAGAAUUUAAGUAGAUGGCAUGUUUUAGCUGAUCAGUAUGUUUCUUUACUUGUUGAUGGUAUCUAGGAUAUUUCUUGUUUUUCAUUGGAAGGUGGAGGUAAUCAGUCAAGCAUGUCAUGGUGUUGUUACAGUAGAAGUUUCUUUAUCUUGUUCACAAGAAGAUAAGGGUAGGCGUAAAGGUUAUUAGUCUCUAUGUUUCUCUUUAGGGGUUCACUUUUCUUUAAGCAGUUUGAUAAAUAUGGGGACAUUUUAACCUUUGUGUUUUAUGGAGACAAAGUUUGUGGGCUUAUGAAUAUAUAAAUAUUUUCUUCGAUUCUGCUUCAAAUGUGGAAAUUUUAUAACAUAUUGUUUCAGGCCUAUGGAUAUAUGUGAAAGUGGAGCAUUAUAAAAAGUGUGUAUACACUCCUGUAUAAAACUGAGAAUAAAAUUUAAUUUAUAAAUAUAUAUAUAUGUGUGUGUAUGUGUGUGUCUUUUUUCUUUAUAUGUAAUUUCAUAUACUUUUUAAGCUAUAUUUUAAUAUUUACUUUAAUUAAUUUAUUUUCUCUUUUUAACUCUUCCUGUUUUUGUUAAUAUUAUGGAUGGUCAACUUUCUGAACUUCUAUCUAACACCUUAAUUAAUAUGAAACAAUAUAUCUUUAUUUUUAGUAAUCAAACCAAGCUAAUUUCGGGCUUCCAUACAUUUUAUGUAUAAAGAGAAAAAAUUGUGUCUGUUUACCUAGAGUUGAGUCAUUGGUGCCACCAUGGAUGUUAUUGUUAUCUGAUGUGCUAGCUUUCUUUAUUUGUAUUGAUUUGGGAAUAUGCAAUCGUAUUGUAUAAUGCAUGGAAUGCAUAGUAAUGCAAACAUGUAAAUAUAAUUUUAUUCCAAGCUGAAAUUAUUGCUACAUGAAGAAGGCUGCAAAAUGGUCCUACACUAAGAAUGUCGAGUAGUUAAAUAUAUUCAACUCUCAUACCUCCUGACUUUUUAUGAUUCAUGAUGUCCUCUGACAAUGGUCUUUCUCUCUCUCUCUCUCUCUCUCUCGCACACAUACAUACACACAUUUUUUUCUUACACACUCUUUAUAUGUAUUAUGUAUUUAUGUGUAUCUAUAUAGGUAUGUGUAUAUAAUGUGUGUGUGUGUGUGUAUUGUGUAGUAGUAGAAGUAAUAGUAGUUGUUAUAAUAGUGAGCCACAUGACAAAAGAAGUUGUUGUGUUCAACAACUUUUUACACAGAGUGAGAUGGAGUCAACUUAGUCAGGGAUGGUCAUCAGAUCUGGCAGAGCUGAGUUUAGAAUUGAAAGUGAGUAUUUAUCUCUCUAAUACAAAUUGACUACUGUACUCUAAUUAAGCAAUGUACACUAACUGACCUGUUAAUAAACGUAUCCUAAUUAACCUUUGUACACUAAUUAAUCUAUGUCCACUGAUUAACUUGUUGAUCUUAUGUGUAAUAAAAACUUUUGUAUAUUAAUUGACCUGUGCAGCAAUAUUUCUUUAUAUUAAACGAACCCCUUCUUGACACCUAAACCAGAGGUGGGGGUGCAGAAAUAUUAAUUAAAACAAUAAUUAAAUAUAACUUUAAUUUA